CUUCACUACGGCGGUGAUAUCCACGGCAGUGGCCGCUUUCUCCUUCGUCUUCUUCUUGAAAUAAUCAAUCAAUGUUGGUCUGGUCACGUGGCCACGUGGUCACUCCCAGCCAGAUACCCAGCUUCUUCACCUUGCCAGCCAGCAGUCCUCUUGCUCUAGCUACACAUCACCAUCACCAAUAUCAACGAUAUUGCCUCACUUCGUUGCUCGCCGUCUCCCACAAUCAACAAUUUCAGCAACCAAUAGUCAAUAUGCGCUAUUUCUGCUAUUUGAUCGAUCGCCUGUGAUA